AUGGUCGCUAUAACUACUAUCAACGCUGAAGGUGCCCCAGCUGCUGCUGCUUCUUAUUCCCAUGCUGUCAAAACUGCUACCGGUUUAAUUUAUGUUUCAGGUCAAGUUCCAUUGACUCCUGAGAAUAAGCUUGUUGAAGGUAGUAUUUCUGAUAAAGCUGAACAAGUGAUCACUAAUAUCAGGACUGUUUUAAAAGCUAGUAAUAGUGAUUUAAAUAAAAUCGUUAAGGUUAAUAUCUUUUUAGCUGAUAUUAAAAGUUUUGCCGAAUUCAACAGCGUUUAUGCUAAAUACUUUAGUGUUCAUAAACCAGCUAGAUCCUGUGUUGCUGUUGCUGCUUUACCAUUAGGUGCAGACUUAGAAAUGGAAGUUGUUGCUGUAGAAAACGACUAA